ACUCGUCUUAAUUUUUUAUAUAAUAAAUCAUAAUCAAAGCUGACGGAUUACAAUAUUUAAUAGCUUUCGUUAAAGAAGCGUUCUAAGUAGUGUAUAUAAAGUGUAAAAAUAUUUGGGAAACAAACUAGGAAUUACUCUGUGAAUAACAAUGGAUCCUCAUGCAAUCAACUUGGAAUUACCGGAUCAUUUGCGGAAAAGAAAAAAAUCAAAAGUCGAAGAACCAGAACCACCACAAGAGAGACGAUCUUCUGCUUUGAAAGCUAUUGAAGAAAUUUUUAAUCCAACAUUUAAAAAACCAGAAACAUUCGGAGAAUAUAUUGCCCCAGAUAUUGUAACUGCAGAUGAUGUUGAAGCACUAAAUGAAUUAGAUGAAAGAAAAAUAUUUGAAUUGAAAGAGGCAUUUUCAAUGUUUGACAUGGACAAUGAUGGUAUAAUAUCAGAAGAAGAUUUAAGAUCAACAUAUGUUGCAACUGGCAAAGAAGUUGAUGAUGAAGAAAUUAAAAUGAUGAUGGAAGAAGCAAUGCAACCAAUUAAUUUUGAUUCAUUUGUUAUGCUAAUGGGAUACAAAACAAUAGAAUUAGAUCCUGAAGAUGUUUUAUUAGAAGCUUGGAGUAAAUGGGAUAUAAAUGGUACCGGUCUAAUUGACGAAGAUAGAAUUUUUUUCGAUCUGAUGCAUAAAGGUGAUAAAUUUUCAAAAACUGAAGCAGUUGAGGCACUUAGAGAAGCACCAUUGGCAAAACCAAAAAGUUUAGAUGAUCGUUCAAAAUUAAUUGAUUAUCAAGCAUUUUGUAAAAUGAUUUGUGGUCUAAGGAAAAGAAGAGAACAUGUUAAAGCCGAAGAACCAAACGAAAAAGAACCAGAAUCAAGCGAAACAAGUUAAAAAUUUAAUUUUCUUGCUUUUGUUAAAAAUUCUCUUCUGAUAAGUUUCAAAACUAACUUUUAAGCAUUACAAAUAAAUAA